GAGAUGUCAUCUUUUUUAUUCCACUCAUUCCUCCUGCUGCCUACAUUACCCACAAUGCAACAAUCCAACUGUUUGGUCAAAGAUUUGAGCACACUAUUGCUAGUAACAGCUAAUGAAGCCUUAGGCCUCAAGCAGACAUCAGCGGGCUACAGAGGUCUGUAAAAAGCAGUGAGGAUGGUAAAGCCUAACGUCGCCCAAAAUUUCUGCACACUUCUCCAAGUGCGUAAAGGCGCACGGCUCUGAAUGAAGACUGUUUCACCACGAAGUCAAUUAAAAUCCUACAUUUCUUGACUUGGACUUGCCAUCCCCUUCCACAGCAAGACAAGUCACAUGACCGUCACCUCCACAAACAUGGCGGCCAGCAGUGACAGCUCAGAGAGCACGGUGAGGAGGAGACGCGUGGACGGCAGAAAGACAGAGACAGACUCCGCAGACAGCUGCAGAGAGAAUGGAGCAGACAGCAGCAGAGACACGGACACAGAGAAGAGGCGGGAGUCUGUACAGACCGGGACCUUCUGGCUCACUCGUAUCGUGCUGCUUCGCUCCGUCGCAUUUAUUUACUUGGUGGCGUUCAGCGUUGCUUACAACCAGAACAAACAGCUGAUAGGUGAACAUGGUCUGAUGCCCUGCAAGAGCUACCUGAACAGUGUCAAGCGCUACGUGGGGGGGAAGGUAGGCAUGGCCGCCCUGGCGUACACACCGUCCAUCCUCUGGUUCUUGGACUGGGACGACAUGGAUGCCAACCUGGACGGCAUCGCCCUGGUGGGGAUGGCUCUGUCUGCAUUUGUGCUGGUGACAGGAAUGGCCAAUAUGGUGAUCAUGGUGACGUUGUGGGUGCUUUACCACUCGCUGGUCAACGUGGGACAGCUGUGGUACUCCUUCGGUUGGGAGAGCCAGCUGUUGGAGACGGGCUUUCUGGCCAUUUUCUUGUGUCCGGUUUGGACUCUGUCCCAGGUCCCCCGCCGCUGCCCCCCCUCCCUCACCUGCAUCUGGACCUUCAGGUGGCUCAUUGUCCGCAUCAUGUUAGGAGCUGGUCUCAUUAAAAUCAGAGGGGACAAAUGCUGGAGAGACCUCACCUGCAUGGACUACCACUAUGAGACCCAGCCAGUUCCCAACCCUCUGUCCUACUACAUGCACCGUUCCCCAUGGUGGUUCCAUCGCUUCGAGACAUUGUCCAACCACUUCAUCGAGCUCAUUGUCCCAUUCUUCACCUUCCUGGGCAGGCGGAUGUGCAUGGUCAACGGAGCAAUCCAGAUCCUGUUCCAGGUGGUUCUGAUAGUGAGUGGGAACCUCAGUUUCCUCAACUGGCUGACCAUAGUUCCCAGUCUGGCCUGUUUUGACGAUGCAUCCCUCAGCUUCAUGUUUCGCUCCGGAGGAGGAGCCAAGAAGGCAGUGCUGGAGAUACAGAACGAAGAUGCAGCCGGACGAACCCCCAAACCCACCAAAGGUAUGUUGAUUCGUCGGGUGGUGAACAUUUCUCUGGGCAUUCUGAUUGGCUUCCUCAGCAUUCCUGUGGUGAUGAACCUGAUUAGCUCCAGGCAGGUGAUGAACACCUCCUUUGACCCGCUGCGCAUCGUCAACACCUACGGGGCCUUUGGCAGCAUCACUAAGGAGCGUACCGAGGUGAUUUUCCAGGGCACACUGAAUCCUGAUCCCAAGGACCCUGAGGCAGUCUGGGAGGAGUACCAGUUCCAGUGUAAGCCAGGGGACAUUUACAGGCGACCGUGCCUCAUAUCGCCGUACCACUACCGGCUGGACUGGCUCAUGUGGUUUGCUGCCUUCCAGACCUAUGAGCAGAGUGAGUGGGUGAUCCACAUAGCAGGACGUCUGCUCUCCAACGACAGCACAGUCCUCUCCCUGCUCGACCACAACCCCUUCCAAGGCAGAGACCCCCCCAGGUGGGUGCGAGGAGAACAUUUCAGGUACAAGUUCAGUCCGCCGGGCAGUGCCAGCGCAGCGCAGGGGAAGUGGUGGCUGAGAAAACGCAUCGGAGCCUACUUCCCUCCUGUGGACCUGGAAGGACUCAGGGGCUACUUCCAGUCCAGGAACUGGCCCCACCCACAUAUACCACCAAACAGGAGCUAAAGACAAGACCUGAGACAACAGCACCUAAAGGUGAUCACUGAGGACUACAGUUCGAUAGAAGUUAGUCUCAGUGUGAUACUGCCGGAGCUGAAUAAAUGUUACAAGGAGGGACCGAGGGUCCGAUUUUUGGGUUUCAUGAAGAACUG